AUGGGCCAUCUCAACAGCGGAUCAGCCGCAAGCUCGCGUACCAACAGCGACGUCUCGCUCCAGCGUGUCAAGAACCUCCCCGGGUAUACCACUCCCGUGUUCAAGGGCAAGGAAGAGCAGCGCGCCAAAGUCCAGGUCGAGGUGGCCAACAAGGGCUUCAUCCCGCGGGAGCUCGUCGCGAACGAAGUCAACUGGUUCUACUCGCACCUGGGGAUCGAUGACACCUACUUCCAGAACGAAUCCGUUUCGGUCAUCUCCGAUCAUAUUCUCGCCCUCUUUGGCGCCAAGGUACUGGCCUUCACAAAGCAUGAUCCCACCAAACUCGUCAUCGACCUCGAGCAAAUCGACGAAAAAGGAAGCAGCGCGACCUUUAUCUACACCAGUCCACCAGGCAGGACCCUGGUCGAGGGCCCCGGGGCAACCUGCGAGGCACGGAUUGACUCGCUCUACCUGGACAAGGUCUCACCUGAAAACUGCUACCGUCUCGAGACGUUCCGUUCCACCGGCUCCAUCUCGGCCACCGCGUCUCAGCAGCUUCGUUGCUACUUUGUCACCAAAUGCAACUUCCCCACCACGCCCGCAAAGAUUGUCGAUGGCCACGCCGAGAUCCGCAGCGUAUCCGACCCCAUCUUCCUAGAGAAGGCCAGCGAUAACACCCUUGAGAUCUACCAAAAGAUCAUGAACCAGGUCGAGAGCCGACACGGCCCCGUUAUGGAGGUCUUUGAGGUCGAGGGCACCCGCGAGCGCCGCCUUGUCAUCGGUUACAAGAUGGGCGGCACCUCGCGCUUCUUCAGCGCGCUCUCGAACCUGUACCACUUCUACUCACUCUUUUCGGCGCGCAAGUAUGUCGAGCAGUUCUCAAAUGGCGUCACCAUCAUCUCGCUUUACCUCAACCCGAUGCCGAAUUCGAACGCGGCGCCCAUCGAGCACUCGAUCUUCCAGGUCAUGAAGGAAGCCUCGUUGCUCUACUGUCUCCCCGACAACCCUUUCUUCCUCGACCCCGGAAACACAAACCACGCUGUCCAGGAGGCUACCUAUGCUUACUGUGGAUGGGUGUUCGCGCAGCACUUCUGCAACCGUCUUGGGCCUGCUUACCACCAUCUGAAGGAUGUUCUUGACGAGAACAUUGCCACCCACGCUGAGGUUCUGAAUGACAUCAAGAGGCGUUUCAGGGAGGAGACUUUCACUCGAGAGAGCAUCGCCCAGGUCAUCCACGCACACCCUGACCUGGUAAGCUUCCUACAACUCAUACAACUCCUCUACGUCAACUUCGCCAUGACCCACUACCCGACGGCCGACGAAGCAUCACAGCUCAUGCCGACGCUUUCGUACCAACGCCUGCAAACUACCCAACCUAUGUCUGAUGCGGAGCUGUACGAUAAAAUUAGGCGUACCGUGUUGAACAAGCAGGAUCUACAGGUCCUCGAGGCGUUCAUGGUGUUCAACAAACACGUCCUAAAGACCAACUUCUACCAGCCGACCAAGGUUGCGCUCUCCUUCCGUCUCGCGCCCGACUUCUUGCCCGAGGUCGAAUACCCCAAGAAGCCGUUCGGCAUGUUCUUCGUCAUCGGGAAUGAGUUCCGCGGCUUCCAUAUCCGCUUCAGGGACGUUGCGCGUGGCGGUAUUCGUAUCGUCAUGUCGCGGAACAAGGAGAACUACUCUAUUAAUCAGCGUAUGCUCUUCGAUGAGAACUAUGGUCUGGCGUCGACGCAAUCCCUGAAGAACAAGGAUAUCCCUGAGGGCGGUGCAAAGGGUACCAUUCUUCCUUCCUUGGGUGCCAGCCCCCGUCUAUGCUUUGAGAAAUAUGUCGAUGCUGUCAUCGACCUUCUUAUCCCUGGCCAGACCCCUGGCAUCAAGGAACGCCUUGUGGACCUGUACAACAAGCCCGAGAUUCUGUUCUUCGGUCCUGACGAGGGUACCGCUGACAUGAUGGACUGGGCUGCCCUUCACGCUCGCGAGCGUGGUGCAGAGACCUGGUGGAAGUCGUUCACGACCGGCAAGAGCGCUGAGCACCUUGGUGGUGUUCCUCACGACACAUACGGCAUGACGUCCCUGUCGAUUAGGCAGUACGUGCUCGGCAUCUACAAGCAGCUUGGCCUUCGGGAGAAGGAUAUCACCAAGGUGCAGACCGGCGGCCCUGAUGGUGAUCUUGGAUCCAACGAAAUCCUUCUCAGCUCGGACAAGACUGUCGCUAUUAUCGACGGCAGUGGUGUUCUCGCUGACCCCAAUGGUCUCAACCGGGAGGAGCUCGUCCGCCUUGCCAAGCUGCGCAAGCCUGUGGGCUUCUUUGACAGGUCUAAGCUCUCCAAGGAUGGAUACCUUGUCCAGGUUGAGGAGCAGGACGUCAAGUUGCCCUCCGGAGAGGUCGUCCUCGAUGGUACCGACUUCCGUAACGGUGCUCACCUCCGGUUCAAGGCGGAUAUGUUUGUCCCUUGUGGUGGCAGACCCGAAGCUGUGAACAUCUCCAACGUCGCCGCUCUUGUCGACUCCGAGGGCAAGCCCCACUUCAAGUACAUUGUUGAGGGUGCCAACUUGUUCUUCACCCAACAAGCUCGUCUGUACCUUGAGAAGCGCAAGGUUUGCCUGUUCAAGGAUUCCAGCGCUAACAAGGGUGGUGUUACGAGUUCCUCGCUGGAGGUUCUGGCUGGAUUGGCACUCACCACGGACGAAUACGUCGAGCUCAUGAUCUUCAAGGACGGCAAGCCCUCGCCCUUCUACCAGAGCUACGUAAAGGACGUCCAGGCCAAGAUCGUGGAGAACGCCGCCGCCGAGUUCCAUUGCAUCUGGAAGGAGCAUGGGCGCCUCGGCGGCGCCAAGCCCCGCACGCAGAUCUCGGACGAGCUCUCGAGCACGCUAAACAACCUCCAGGCCGAGCUCGAGAGCUCGGACCUGUACGACGACGAGCCAAGCCGGCGCGGCGUCCUCAGGCGCGCCAUCCCCAAGACGCUCGUCGACCAGAUCGGCCUCGACGAGCUGUCGAGCCGUCUCCCCGAGCCGUAUCAGCGCGCGCUGUUCUCGAGCUGGGUGGCUUCGCACUUCAUCUACAAGUACGGUGUUAACGGCUCAUCAGUGGACUUCUUCCACUUUGCUCGCGACUUGGCCCUCUAG